AUGCUCGCCUCCGUAGUAAUGUUAGCAAUGGCCGUCGAACGGGUGACAGCUAUGCUUAUGGUAGAGCAUUAUGAGGAAAUGUGGAGUCCUGUGCCGACGCUUGGCUACUAUUUACUAUCCGCUACCAUCGCGUUUUGCAUCAGCCUUGGGUUGGUGUUAUUUUGCGUUCCUUGGAUACCAAAAAUGUUCACAUAUGCAUCACUUGGAGUGUGUUUUUGUAUGACAGGGACGGUCUUUUCCAUUCUUCCGAUCGUAGCUGGUCGAGCGUAUCGAAAGGUUCAGGCACAGCGAAACGCCACCGUUUUGGAAAGGUUCCAAACAGGCCGUAACCUCAAAGCGGCCCGGAUGUUAAUGUACUUGGCCCCCUACAAAGUAUCCACAACCCUCUUCUCCCUCGGAAUCUAUAUCACAACCUAUGAAUUAGCCCCGGACAUUUAUGUCCCCUUGUUGGCCAUGAUAUAUUGGUAUUACAAUUUGGUGCAGGUCCGUGCCGUCACCGGUGAAAGGCUAAUUCUCGAUAAAGAUGAAGGCCAAGACCUAUAUUUUCGAGGGCUCCACGCUGCCUGGGACGUGAUCGAGAGGCGUCAACAGACACUUUUCGAAAUUGGACACAAUGCUUCGAAGUUUGCCCUCAAUACUACAAAGUUUUUGUUGAGUCGGGUGUCAAAGGUGGCUCCAAGCGAGAGUAGCGAGGCUAUAUAUAUUUCGGAUUUGCCUAGAAAGGAGGAUUUGAGGUCGUUAUCGUCGAAGGAAGACGUUAAUUUUACAACUCCAAAAACGAUAGAACUGGAUGUGAAAGCGUUAGAACAGCUUGAAAACCCCCUCCAAACAGCUCCAAAUGCCGACCAUGGAGCUGAGGCAGCCCACGCGAAGCAUCUCGUCGAAAUAAUCCUCCGCCAGGCGGUUGACCGUUUGAACGAAAUCGACAAACAAUUCGGGCAGCCAAACACGACUGUUUGCACGGCGUCUCGAGGGGAAGAUGAUGAUGGGUUGACCGGCAAACAUUUGGGAAAACACAAUUCUACAGUAGGGUUG